AUGAAUUUAGUUCCAAGCAAGGAUUUUAAGAGUCAUAUUUCUACUGCAGAUGCGGACACGCUGGCCUCGAACGCAUUGCCAUCUCUUCCUGACACUUUACGUCAACAACAAGGUGCUGUCCCAAUUGCGACCCAAGUCAACGACAGACAUCCAUUGGAGUCCCGGAUCAGAAACUGGGACCAGACACAACAGAACAGACAAUUGGAACAAUACAGAGAGAUAUUUGGCAUUGCAGAGCCAUUAAAGAGAGUCAUGGACUUGAAGUUGGUGGAACAAGCGGACUUCAACCCUCUUCACGCAGGAAAAAACACAACCACGACUUCUCUACACAGGGACGUGUUAUUGAACAAAGAAUGCAAUGUGGACUGGGAAGAUGUCUACCAAGGCGGUCUGCAGAACAACAUGAUUGGCAACGACGUCCACACCAUGAUCGAAAAAAAACUAGGUAUAUAA